AUGGCCCCCCAAAGUUCCUUCAAGGUCACUAAGUCUAGGAAAACACUCUCCAAAAAACCAAAACUGGCCACCAUUGCCGGAGAUAAUCCUUCUUCCUACGGACUUGCUACAAACGCUGUUAAUCAAAACGAUCCCGUUGCUAUCAACUAUGAAAUCGGACAUGCUCGCUCUUUCUACCCACACUCAAAUACCUUUAUACAUCUUAACGGCAUCUACUUCACCCUUGAAGAGUGCCAGCUCAUAUGCUUUCUACGCGAAAUGAGUGCAGACGUUGAUCUUGUCUCUGAGAUCAUAAAGCAUGAGCGGAAAUCUCCAGAGCCCGUCAACUGCGCCGGCUUGUAUGAGUAUAUUUGGAAUGCAAACCCUAGCGCAAUGACCGGCCAGGUCAUACUCCCUCUUCUUGCUGAUGUUGGAGCCGCACGGGCAAAAGCGCAGACCGCGUAUACAAAGUGGAUGGAGUACAUGACUGCGGUGGUUUGGAAGUAUCAGGAACAGCAACGGAAUCAAGAAGUCCUUAACAUGGCUCCUAAUCCAUUUUAUUGGAUGAAUUUAGUACCCAGGAGACCACUAUUCGGAGAGGUCAGCCACAUCCCAUAUUCUUGGACUGAGCCUGGGUGGGAUAUAGGAGCGGCAUUCAAUACGGCAGCGGUAUGGGAAUAG